UUAUUAGCUCAACGUUACUUAAAUAAACAGAUGUUUAGAAGUGUUUUUUGUUUUAUUGUGUUCAAGGGGCACUAUUAAGUUUUUUAUUUUUUAGUUGCAAUUGAGCAUUUCAUUAAAACACAGUGUUAGAAAAAGUUGUUAAAAAUAUAUAUAAGUUUCCAUCAUGGUUGCAGUUAAAGAAGAAGAUUUCGGCACCAUAGUCGAUCCCAUGACUAAACAACCCACCAAAGUACGUCGCAUUACUCUAUCCAAUGAUCGUCAAAUGUCGGUACAGCUAUUAACUUUGGGCGUCAAUAUAGCCAGUGUUCGUUUGCCGGACAAAAAGGGUCAAGUUGAUGAAUUAUCUCUAAGUUUUGAUAAUAUUGAAGGUUAUAUAGCAACACAACCGGCCUAUAUUGGCGCUACUAUGGGUCGUGUAGCAAAUCGUGUGGCCAAUGGUCGUUUCACUCUUAACGGCAAAGAGAUACAGGUUACCAAAAACUUUAAGGAUAAAUAUCAAUUACAUGGUGGCUUCAUUGGUUUUGACAGUGUCAUCUGGGAGGUGGUUAAAACUCUGCCGGAUGGUGUUGUCUUCAAACAUGUUUCGCCCGAUGGCCAUGAAGGCUAUCCGGGUGAAGUAACCUGCACCAUAACAUGUACUCUAAACGAGGCCAAUGAAUUUCGCAUGCAAAUUGAGGCAACCACCAAUCAAACAACCUGUGUUAAUGUUACAAAUCAUGCUUACUUUAAUUUGGCUGGUCAUAAUUCGGGAAAACUGGGUCUAACUCAACACACCGUUAUGAUAAAUGCCGAUAAUAUUGUGGAUACAGACUUGGAUCAAAUACCUACGGGAAAAUUGGCCCCAGUAGCCAAUACUGUGUAUGAUUUGAAGACACCAGCUAAAAUGGCCGAUCGCUUACCCUUGUUUAAAGAUAAACCCAUUAAUGGCUAUGACAAUUGUUAUUGUGUUAAUUUGGAUGGUAAUAAGACAACACGCAUAGCUCGUGUAGAGCAUCCCGAGAGUGGUCGUUGGUUGGAGAUUUUAACCAAUCAGCCAGGUGUACAGUUUUAUACUUCAAACAACUUACCGGAUGUUGAAAAUGGUGCUCCGGCUUUAGAGGGUAAAGGGGGAGCCCGUUAUGUCAAACAUGGCGCCUUCUGUUUGGAAACUCAAAAGUAUCCCGACUCCAUGAAUCAUGCCAAUUUUCCCACAAUAUUUUUGAAUCCUGGUGAAAAAUAUUAUCAUGAUGUAGUCUAUAAAUUUGGUAAUUAAAUGUAAAUGAAUACAAAUGUAUAAAAUGUGUACAACAAAAGAUUGUUAUUGUAAUUGUAAGAAUAAAAUAUGAUAGUGAUUUAAAAGGAAUUGCGCUGAAGUACCAGAAGACCCACCGAGUUCGAAAUCCAACACGAAAUUCAUAUAAAUUCGAAAGUUUUCGAUUCGACAAGAAAUGGAGUUUGUAAAUCUGAAUGUUUUAUUUGCCAAUUUAUAAGAAACUACCUUUUUAUCAUUUAUUUACAUACAUAUGUAUGUAUUUUUCUUGCAAAAACAUUUAAAUUUUGAAUAAAAUUAGUUUAAAUUAUCUUA